AUGGAGCAGGCGCGCCCGGGGCCGCACGGCGCGGAAGAGGAGACCUGGGAGGAGAACCUGGCCCUCAGGAGGCAGCUGGCAGACGUCCAUCAUCAGCUGCGGAAUCUGAAGGAGAACUACGCGGAGGAGCUCUCUUUCUGGAGGAGGCGGGCACUGGAGCUGCAGCUGGAACUCACGUCAACGGCGGUUUCCCCGGUUGAAAGACGUGCACAAGGCGCGAAGUCCAACGGAGACGCGCAGCUGACGCCCGCUGAGGACUCGCAACGGCGGGAGGGCCAAAGGCAGGUCGCCAAGCAGCUGGAGGAGAUCGAGAGCAAGACCGCCUUGACCAAGGCCAGCAAGGAGGAGGCGGAAGCGAGACUGGCGCAGAGCGAGCUGCUCUCGGAGCAACUCAAGGACCAAGCCUCCCAGCAGGCCGUGGAGCUCCUCACGCGGGAAGGCUCUGGGCCGGCGGAGACCUUCGC